CCAACGCACGACCUGUUUGCUUAAAGCAAACAUUUAUCCUCGUGCCCGUGCCUGUAGUCGAAGAGACCAACUAAUCUUAGUCUACUUUGGAACUGGUGAUGAAUUUGAGACUGAUGACGGAGAAUCUGAGACAGAUGAUAGUAAUGACUUCAAGACCGAUGAUGACGUUUUGAUUACUUCUGUUGUGUAUAUUUGGCCCGUUGUGAAAAAAGGUAUAGGAUCUUUUCAAGCCCAGAUGGCUCGUCAUCGUAAUAUCGUACUUAGAGAAUUGACUAGAUGCCUUCCAAAUAUUUCUGAACAAUAUGCCCUUGAACUUGAAGUCUGUGAAGCUAAACUUUUGCUGGUCUACAGGAGGGUUGUUGGAAGCGUCAAAGGCAGAAGACGAUUGUUGAUUCGCAGAGUGUUGAAGCCUGAUUAUUUAAUGAGGAGCUAG